AUGGCGUAUUGCUGGAACGUGGAUCUAAAUCCCAGUGAAGCACACAAAGGGCUGCAGGAGCACCAGGAAUUGCACUCUGCCAAUCAGUCGCUUUCUCCCAGCCAAGUCAGUCUGGGCUUUGAUCAACUAGUAGAAGAAAUCAAUAAUAAAAUUCCACUCUAUCAGAGUGAAAUAGAAGAAAACACCAUUUUUGUGCCCAGUACACCAAAGCAUUCAUUAGAGGAAACGCAGCAAAUAUCCUUGAAUGAAUUUACGUCUAAAAGCUCAGAACUCUCCUGUCACCAAGAUAGGAAAACACCAGUAAUUGGUUUUAGGCCAUCUGCGCUACCAAAUCCUCAAAUCAUGAAUAAAGAAAGCUCUUGGGGAAACCCCACAGGAAAAUGCCAUGAUGCUGGUGUUUACAUAUUCAAUAUUUUAGCUCCAUCAUCCACUAGUUCGGAUCAAAUUAAUGCACAAAAAGAACUGGAAAAUAAAAAUAAUAACUACCAUUUAGGAUUUCAAAGUAACAUUUCCUCUAUAUAUCCAUCCUUCUCAACUGACUUUAUGCCAAAAGAAGAGAAUAAAAGAAAUAGAAAUACAAGUACUGUGGAACCUUUCCUACCCAGGAUGGGGGAAAGUUCAUGGCCAAAGAGCACAGAGCUGAUAAGCUGUUCCAUUCAGCUAAUUGAAGUACCUCAAGGCAGUAAUACAAGUCUGGCCUCCUUUUGUGACAAAGUAAAAAUAAUCAGAGAAACCUAUCAUGCAGCUGACAUGCAUUCCAAUUCGGGGAAGAUCUGGAGCACUACGACAGCAUUUCCAUACCAACUCUUUUCUGAGACCAAGUUUAAUAUAAAUAUUUGUAUUGAUAACUCAACACAGCUACUUCAUUUUAUGCCACACGCUAAUUAUCUUGUCAAAGACCUAAUUGCAGAAAUUCUACAUUUUUGUGCAAAUGACCAGUUAUUCUACAAAGAUUGUCUUCUAAGUGUAUGUGGCUCUGAAGAAUUUUUACAGAAUGAUCACUCUUUGGGGAGCCACAAAAUAUUUCAGAAAGAUAAAUCUGUUAUUCAACUUAAUCUGCAGAAAAACAGGGAAGUUCCAGGAAAGUUAUCUCGAAAGCAUGAAGAUGACCACAGUCAGUUUUUUCUGAACCAACUUCUUGAAUUUAUGCAUAUUUGGAAAAUAUCCAGACAGUGCCUCUCAACAGUAAUAAAAAAAUAUGACUCUCACCUGAAAUACCUAUUGAAAACCCAGCAAAAUGUGGAACAUAUUAUUAAAGAAGUUAAAAAUGUGUGCAGUGUUCUGGGAUGUGUGGAGACCAAGCAAAUCACAGAUGCUAUAAAUGAACUUAAUCUAAUUCUUCAGAGACGAUCGGAGAAUUUUCAUCAAAAUUCAGAGACUUCAACAAAAGGCUUGAUAGAAAAAGUGACAACUGAACUAUCCACAUCCAUUUACCAGCUAAUUGAUGUCUAUUGCAGUAGCUUUUAUGCAGAUUUCCAGCCUCUAAAAGCACCUGAUACUGUUUCCUGUGUAAAUCCUGGACUCCAUUCCCACCUUAGCUUCACAGUGUAUGCAGCUCACAACAUUCCAGAGACCUGGGUGCACAGCUAUAAAGCAUUUUCUUUUUCCUGUUGGCUUACUUAUGCCGGAAAGAAGCUAUGCCAAGUGAGAAACCGCAGAAAUAUUCCAGUCAAAAAAUUGUUUUUUUUCUUGGUCAACUGGAAUGAAACGAUCACUUUUCCUCUGGAAAUAAAGUCACUUCCAAAGGAGUCCAUGCUCACUAUAAAACUGUUUGGGAUUGUCUGUGCAACAAACAAUGCAGAGUUAUUGGCCUGGACUUCUCUUCCAAUGUUUCCAAAAGACAAAGUCAUUCUUGGGUCUGUGCUAUUUAGCAUGGCAUUACAGAGUGAGCCUCCCAUAGAAAUAAUAGCUCCAGGAGUGUGGGAUAUAAGUCAGCCAUCCCCAGUGACCUUGCAGAUUGACUUUCCAGCUGCAGAGUGGGAGUAUAUGCAACUUGAUGAUGAAGAUAAUAGAAGUAAUCUUGAAGAACCACCGAAAGAGUGUUUAAAACAUAUUGCCAGACUUUCACAGAAACAGUCUCCCUUACUCCUCUCUGAAGAAAAGAGAAGAUAUUUAUGGUUUUACCGCUUCUGCUGCAACAAUGAAAACUGCUGCCUUCCUUUGGUCCUGGGAAGUGCCCCUGGGUGGGACGAAAGAACUGUUUCAGAAAUGCAUACCAUUUUGAGAAGAUGGAAAUUCUCCCAUCCUUUAGAGGCACUUGGACUUUUGACUUCCAGUUUUCCAGAUCAAGAAAUUCGUAAAGUGGCAGUUCAGCAAUUAGACCAGCUCUUCAGUGAUGAACUACUAGACUUUCUCCCACAGCUAGUUCAGGCUAUCAAGUUUGAAUGGAACCUUGAAAGUCCGCUAGUGCAACUCCUACUACACCGCUCAUUGCAAAGCAUCCGGAUUGCCCAUCGUCUUUACUGGCUGCUGAAGGAUGCACAGAAUGAAGCUUAUUUUAAAAGCUGGUAUCAGAAGCUGUUGGCUGCUCUCCAAUUCUGUGCAGGAAAAGCCUUGAAUGAUGAGUUUUCCAAGGAGAUGAAACUUAUUGAAAUUCUGGGAGACAUUGGAGAAAAAGUCAAGUCUGCAAGUGACCCUGACAGACAGGAGGUACUGAAGAAAGAGAUUGGCAGACUGGAAAAAUUCUUUCAGUAUAUACAUACCUGUCACCUUCCUCUGAACCCUGCCCUCUGUAUAAAGGGGAUUGAUCGUGAGGCAUGUUCAUAUUUCAGAUCUAAUGCUUUGCCAUUGAAGAUUACUUUCAUCAAUGCUAAUCCAAUGGGCAAAAAUGUCAGCAUCAUUUUUAAGGCCGGAGAUGAUCUUCGUCAGGAUAUGCUUGUUCUGCAGAUUGUCCAAAUGAUGGACAAUAUCUGGCUGCAGGAGGGCCUGGAUAUGCAAAUGAUCAUUUAUAGCUGUCUAUCCACAGGAAAAGGCCAAGGAUUGGUGCAGAUAGUGCCCGAUGCUGUAACCCUAGCAAAGAUCCAUCGCCACUCUGGACUGAUAGGACCACUAAAGGAAAAUACAAUCAAAAGGUGGUUCAGCCAGCACAACCACUUAAAGGCGGAUUAUGAAAAGGCCUUGAGAAACUUUUUCUAUUCCUGUGCUGGCUGGUGUGUGGUAACGUUCAUCCUGGGAGUCUGUGACCGUCACAACGACAAUAUCAUGCUGACAAAGUCAGGCCACAUGUUUCAUAUUGACUUUGGAAAAAUUUUAGGUCAUGCACAAACAUUUGGAGGGAUAAAAAGGGACCGAGCUCCUUUUAUUUUUACUUCAGAGAUGGAAUACUUUAUUACAGAGGGUGGGAAAAACCCACAGAAUUUCCAAGAUUUUGUGGAGCUUUGUUGUCGAGCUUACAAUAUUGUCAGAAGGCACAGCCGACUGCUCUUGAAUCUUCUAGAAAUGAUGUUACAUGCAGGAUUACCAGAGCUAAGUGGAAUCCAAGACCUGAAAUAUGUGUACAAUAAUCUUCGUCCACAAGACACGGACCUGGAAGCAACAAGUCACUUUACCAAGAAAAUAAAGGAAAGUCUGGAGUGUUUCCCUGUGAAACUGAAUAACUUGGUCCACACACUUGCACAGAUGACAACCAUCGGUCCUGCCAAAUCUACUUCACAGAGCUGUCCCCAGGAAUCCUGUAUGCUGAGUGUGACCAGGUCAAUUCAAAGAGCAACAAUUUUAAGGUUCAGCAAGAAAACUAGCACUCUGUAUCUAAUCCAGGUGACACAGAGUAACAACGAAACGUGCCUGACAGAAAAAUCCUUUGAACAGUUUUCAAAACUUCACAGCCAGCUUCAGAAGCAGUUUGCAUCACUGACUCUCCCAGAGUUUCCUCAUUGGUGGCACUUACCUUUUACAGAUUCAGAUCACAAAAGAUUCCGAGAUCUAAAUCAUUACAUGGAGCAGAUAUUAACUGGAUCGUAUGAGGUUGCAAACAGUGAUUGUGUUCUUAAUUUUUUCCUCUCUGAGCCUGUGCAACAAACACUUGAAGAAUCAUCACCUUUGUUCCUAGGUGAGAAGUUUCCUGACAAGGUGCCUAAGGUACAGUUAGUGAUAUCAUAUGAAGAUGUGAAGCUGACCAUACUAGUGAAACACAUGAAAAACAUUCAUCUCCCAGAUGGCUCCGCGCCCAGUGCACAUGUUGAAUUUUAUCUUUUACCAUAUCCCAGUGAAGUCCGUAGGAGGAAAACAAAAUCUGUUCCAAAAUGUACUGACCCUACGUACAAUGAAAUUGUGGUAUAUGAUGAAGUCACAGAGCUCCAAGGACAUGUCUUAAUGUUAAUUGUGAAGAGCAAAACCACAUUUGUGGGAGCAAUUAACAUCCAACUUUGUAGUGUCCUACUCAAUGAAGAAAAAUGGUACCCACUAGGAAACAGUAUAAUUUGA